AUGAUAUACGACACUGUUACCAAGACUGUGGUCUUCGCUAAUGCCCUUAUCCCCAGCGAGCCUAAUGUAGGUAACCUCGAGACCGCCCUGGCCUACCCUGACGUUAGCCACGCCGCGGUUUAUCUGGCGCUGCUUGAGUACUUCCGGAAUCUAUGGCUUAGCGCCAGCGCGCUUGAUAUCGAGUGGACAAACAUCAACGACGUCCUGAACCACGCUGCGGUAUACGCGCACCACGCCAGCGACAGAGUCGCCGUCCAGCUAGCCAAGGAUUACCUCCCGCCCCUAGACGUGCUGCUCGUAUGGUACGCCUUCAUGCUAGACACGGAUGCGUACCGCGCCGCAUACCACGCCGCGUGCCGCGACCGCGAGCCCCACGUCCCCCCCCGGAUCCAGAAGCUCUGUUUCCCCUGGCCGGCCAUCCGCGACGUCAUCGACAUAGAAAAGAUACAGUUCUCGCUACCCCGCGCCGCGCAGACCCUCUUCCUCACGCUAUCGGGGCAGUCUGCCGACAUCCUGACGUAUCUCAAGAGCCCCCCGGCGUACAUUAAAUCAGGUACGCUGCCAUUCGAGGUUAAUCUUACUGCCGAGGUCAAGAAGCAUAAGAAGUUCAUCAACGAGGCUCACGGCCUACUAUGGAUCCGCGCACCUGCUCUCAAUAGAUCGUUGGCGAGGGCAUCUAGCUCCGCGCUCCGGAGUCUCACCUUGGGCCCAGGGGCUACAGAUCCAGGCCUCCGCAUUCGGGACGAUAUCCCGAUAUUCAUACAUAUACCGCCUCCAUAUACCUCCUCCUCUUCCGCGGACCCCCCCGCAGCCAUGCAGGGCCAGCUUUCCUCACUCUCGCCAGGCCAGCUCCGCCAAAUUCAGGACGAUCUAGGUUUCUACAACGCAGUCAAGAGCGCACGCAGACGCAGCGAGCCUCUACCAACGAGGCCACCGAUAGCGGCGGAGAAGGACGCCGAGAGGAUCGCCAAGGAAAAGCAAAAAGAAGCUAGAUAUCUACCGGGCCUAAACGAGUAUAUCAAGGUCCUACUCGAUGGCAAGCAGAAGAUCCGGAGGCAGAAGCAUACAACGCCCUUUAAUAAAGGGACAAGACCCAUACUAUUUGUUGGCAAGUUGGGCCCCACGGCCUAUUUUGUUCCCAUCCGUUGGCACCAAUAUGAGCUCGAUUUUAGCCUAUCUUCCCUUGAGUUUAGGACUAAUUAA